AUGUCGCUGAAGAGCGUGCUGGGACUGGGACUGGUGGCUCAUGCUUCCGCGUUUGCCCGUGUGUCCAUGACCACGAUGGGGGAGGCUCUCGGGCAGCAGACCUUGAAGGAUUACGUCGACGGCCUCAAGGCAGGAAAUCCUCGCUUGGGUGAUCUCCAGUUCAUGGGAAGCUGCUGCGGCGACUACACAGGAGCUGCACAGCAGGUUCAGAACAGCAUCAACACAAACGAGCUGUAUGGGAAAACCGAGGAGAUUGCUGGGAGUAUCUUCAAGGACUCUGGCUGCACCCCCGUCGUCGGCGACAGCAUGAAGAGCAAUGCCACGGCAGGCUGCAACUACUUCAGUGUCUUCGGGAACAAAGCCCACGCUGACCACGAAUAUGCCGCCAACUGCGUGCCGGCAACGACAUGCAAGGAAAACGUGGUUGGCAUGACGCAAGGCAUGAUCGCUCUCUAUGGUGUGGUUAUGCAGAUCUUGCAGCAGAACCUUGGAUCAUUGGCUUGGAUCGGAGAGGGAGACAUGAAGAGCUGCCUCGCAGGAAUGAACAAGGCCAACAUGGGAUCGCUGGAUGGCGUUAUUGUCCACAAGCCGAUCAAGAUCGGGCCCAUCACAGUUGGAAGCGAGAGAGUUCUGGAGUUCGAGGGCAUGAAGAAGCUCGGAGCGGCCGAUACCUUGUCCAAGUGCAAGGAUGAUUCGUCUGUGGGAUACCUCUUCAUCCACAAGAACCUGUACUGGCAGAACGACAAGUCGGCCAUCGACCUUGAGGCCUUCCAGAAGUUCAAGGCAGAUCAGAAGGUGAAGAAGGACGAGGCCAAAAGGCAAAAGGAGGCGUGUCUCGGCUAUUGCACCAGCUGGCGAGCUGGAGCAUACGGCAUGCAGCGGGCAGCGGCCGCGAAGGCCGCGGAAGAGAAGGAUGAAGAGGCAGCGAAGGAAGCGCUGGACGAGGCCGGUGCCGAAGCUCCCACCAUUAUUAGCAAGGAGGCCGACAAGGACGCAAUCGCUCAGGCCCAGGAGGCUGGAAAGAUCCAAGGCGAAGUGCAGCUCACCACUGACGGCAAGGCGAAGGCAUCUGGUAAUGGGCAGGCUGUCACCCGACGCCUGUCCGACGUGUACGUCUGA